AUGACCGAUACCUUUCCCACAAUACCCGAUCCGAACGCACGUCAAUUCUCAACUUCAAUAUUCAGCUCUAAUUUACGAGACUUGAUCUUGUCAACGAAUUCUCGUCGUGAAAUUAACCCAACACCCAUCAAAGUCCUCGAUGCUCCAGAACUUCAGGAUGAUUUCUAUCUCAAUUUGAUUGAUUGGGGUCCCAACGGUUGUGUAGCUGUCGGUUUAGGUACCUGUAUCUACAUAUGGAAUUCAAGGACAAGCAUUGUAACAAAAUUAGCCGAUUUACUAAAUCAUAAAAUAACUUCAGUCAGUUGGAACAAACUAAUUCCAUUGUUAGCAGUGGGUGUAGACGAUGGCCGCACGUUACUUUAUGAUGUACGACAAGAAGGCUUAAUACGUACAUGGGACACGCAUGCGGGUCGUGUGAGUGCCCUCGACUGGACUCACAAUGUGCUUACUACUGGAGGAAGGGAUCAUACCAUAUACCACCACGACGUUCGCUCACCUGAACCUUCUUUCCGUACAUUGACUGGACAUGGAGCUGAAGUUUGUGGCAUUAAAUGGAGCCCCGACAGUUCAAAACUGGCAACCGGUGGAAAUGAUAAUCGCUUAAUGAUAUGGAACGUAACCGAUUCCACCCCUUUAUAUGAUUUCAAACAUCAUACAGCGGCUGUGAAGGCGAUAGCAUGGAAUCCUUCCCGUCGGGGUAUUUUGGUGAGUGGUGGAGGUACCGCCGAUAAGACAAUCAAGUUUUGGAACACCUUGAAUGGCAAGCUUUUGCGGUCUUACAACACAGGGUCACAGAUAUGUAACUUGUCUUGGUUGAAAAGAACAGGCGAGUUAGUGUCUACGCAUGGUUAUGCGGAUGGAGCAGCCAAGUUAUGCAACCAAGUCUUUGUUUGGAAACCAGAGCAGAUGCGCAAACUGGCAACCCUCUCUGGGCAUACAUCUCGUGUAUUAUACAUGUCAGUAAGUCCUGAUGAAAGGACAAUUGUUACAGGUGCAGGUGAUGAGACAUUACGAUUCUGGGAUAUAAGCUCCCCUGAAGACGAAGUGGCACCCGAAGCACCACCCUCUUUCGAAAGUAGAUCCGAUCAAAUACGCUAA